AUGCAGAUUUUUGCCCCUCUCAUUGCUCUUGCCGGCCUUGCGCCGAGCGUGCAAGCCUUCACCUCGUGCAGCGGACCGGAUGCGCGUAUUCAGCCCCCGGUCGGUGCCACCGUCGUCGACGCCACUGGUGCCCACCGUGGUAGCUUCAAGACCAUUGCGGAGGCCGCGGCCCACCUGCCCAACACAAUCGCUACGGUGGAGCACACGCUCUUCAUUUACCCGGGCGUGUACGAGGAGCAGGUCACGAUCCCCAAGCGGAAGGGUCGCCUUGUGGUGCAGGGCUUCACGUGCAACACGAUGUCGUACGCCGACAACCAGGUGACCAUCACGCACGCUAUGGCCCAGAAGGACGUCCCCACCACCGUGACGAAGAACCGUAACGACGCCACCAGCACGCUGCUGCUCAAGGCCAGCGACGUGAAGAUCUACAACCUCAAUGUUGCCAACACGGCCGGUGAUGUUGGCCAGGCCAUCGCCACGAAGGUCGACGGCGCCAACUACGGCAUCUACGCCUGCAACUUUACUGGAUACCAGGACACGCUUUACUCCAACAAGGGCCCGGAGCUCAUUGCUAAGUCGUACAUUAACGGCGCUAUUGACUUCAUCUUCGGCCUUUACGCGAAGGCGUGGUUCGAGUCCUGCGACAUCGAAGUCAUCGGCGACGGCUGCAUCACCGCCAACGGCCGCACCAACAACUCCAACCCGUCCGAGUACGUCUUCAACAAGGCAAACGUGUUCGGCACUACCAAGGGCAUCGGCUACCUGGGCCGCCCGUGGCGUCCGUACGCCAGCGUCGUGUUCCAGAACAGCAACAUCAGCGAUGUCAUCAACUCGGACGGCUGGCAGAAGUGGAACGGCGACAAUAACACGGCCAACGUGUACUUCAAGGAGUUCAACAACACCGGUGCUGGUGCGGCUACCGACAAGCGUGUGCCCUUCAGCGGAGUGCUGAACGCGUCGGUGCCUAUCACGCAGAUUCUGGGCGACAACUACGCGACCCAGUGGUGGGUUGACUCCAAGUUCAUGUAA